AAACCCAAGCAAACCCCUCCUCCCCUCUUCUUCCUCGCCUUAUCCCCUCUGCUCCUCGCCGCUCACCUCCCCAUCGCCAUGGCCUUCGUCUCCGCGACCGCCUCCGCCUUCUCCACCCUCCUCAUCUCCGUCCCAUCCGCCGCACGCGCAGGCGCAGGUGCAGGCUCCUGCCCGCAGCCCGGGCGGGCCAUCUUGGCUCCGCUCCACGCGGCGAAGGGCCCCAACUCGGAGCCGGUGGUGCUGGAGAGCAAGGUCAAGGGCAAGAAGAAGAAGGGGUCCGGCGCAGGGAACCUCCCCGGAGCCCUCGACGUCGAGAUCAGAGAGGCGCAGGAGUACCUCGACAGCGACGAGCAGGAACCUGUUCCAGAGAACUUCCCUUUUGAAAUUCUUGACGAAGAGGGUAUGAGCGUGGUUAUUUUGAAAAGGGACUACAAGGAUGAGAAGAUUGAGGUCAUUGUCAGCAUGCCUAAUUUAGAAGGGGGCCCUGAGUUUGAUGACGAGGAAGGUGAGGGCAAUGGUGAGAGUGCUGGCAAGGACGAUGAGGAAGAACAAGAUGAUGAUGAGAGUGCCGGAGAUAGCAGCAUUUCUCUAAAGGUUGUAGUCUCCAAAGCCUCUGACCCAAAGCUUGAGUUCACCUGCACAGCCUUCCGUGAGGAGAUCACAAUUGAUGAUAUGCUGAUAGUAGAGAAGACAGACGAGGAUGGAGAGAAGUUCCCGUACGAGGGGCCUGAAUUCACGGAGCUCCCUGUGAACGUUCAGAAAGGCCUGUUCAAGUACUUGGAGCAACGGGGGAUCACGCUGUCAGCUACCAACUUCAUGCACGAUUACAUGGUGAGCAAACAGGCGCAGGAGUACAUCCGGUGGAUGAGGAAGCUCAAGGAUUUCGUCAAGGAAUGAGGAGCAGCAACGUGAACUGGCAACAUUUUUUUGGUAGCCUAGCCCUUAGUAUGCGUUACAGAAUUAUUACAAUUACGCAUAGCUUGUCCCUCUCUCUAAAGGACAGAGAAAGGUGUAUGGGUCUCAAAUGAAUCUGUAUCGGCUGGCGAAACAGCAGCAGGUAGAUCUCCAGAUGUGUUUCAAGAAAAUUAAGAAUUACAGGUUACUGCUAGCUCUACCAGUUAUCAGUUUCGUGCUGCUUCUCUGGAUGUAUGUUGUGGAAUUCUGAUGGUUGAUGUGACCUUUUUAUUGUGCUGAAACGAGCGCAUUCUGCUUGCUGAAGAAAUUUGUUUCGUUUGGAAUA